CCAUUUCCCAAUUCAAAAACUACCCAUUACCCAUUUCUCUCCUCCUCUCUCGAACCUCUGUUUUCUGUUUACCCAUUGCAAUUAUGCAACAAGCAAUCCCUUACAAGUCAUGGCUGCCCUUGUACACCACUUCACCACCAAUUGGCGUUUUUGGCACUAAUAAAGGUAAAGAAUUUUUAAAAGGGUCGAGAAAUAUGGCCAAUUUGGUUCAAGAAAAUGCAAUUAUAGUGUUUGCCAGGCGUGGAUGCUGUAUGAGCCAUGUAGUGAAAAGGUUGCUAUUAGGGCUUGGAGUGAACCCACCAAUUUAUGAAAUUGAUGAAGAUGAUGAAGCUGGUGUUUUGCAAGAACUGGAGAUUAUUGUUGGUGGUGGUAAUAGUGGUGCGGAUGAUGAUAAAAAGGUUUUGUUUCCUGCUGUUUUUAUUGGCGGAAGAUUGUUUGGAGGAUUGGAUAGGCUUAUGGCUACUCAUAUUUCAGGAGAAUUAGUGCCUAUAUUGAAAGAAGCUGGAGCAUUAUGGCUUUGAUUGUUGCAAGUUUUGUUCUUAUUUCUAACUUCUUAUUGCUGCAAUUUAAUUCAACAAAAAAUGUAAAAGAUUAAAUUUUUAGGUUUAGAAUUGAGAUUGUAAUUUUGUUAGAAGGAAAGGAAUACAAUUUUUUUUAUGGAAAGUUGAAGACUUUGUUUCUUGAUCGA